ACCACAAACUUGCAAAUAUAAGUUAUACAACAUGUUGCUUGGCUGAACCAACUACCGCGCGUCAAUACAAUCAAGGUGACAACAGGCAAUGGAAUCAUCUACGAACAGAAAAGAACAGGAAAUCCACAAACAACUAGAAAUUCGAGCAGAGAUUAAACGCCUCCAAGCUCAGCUUACACCUUUUCCCGACUUCGCCAACGACGCAAUAGGAUCUCCCAAGAGGAAACAAUCAUCUCAAACUUUGCUCGCACCCGCUACUCCGUCUCCUAAGAAGAGGAGGAGGGUCGAUCAUGCACAACGCUCAUUACUUGGCGGGACGAAUGCCAUCACAGGGUCCCUCUCAGCAUCUGGAGUCCGGAGCGUGAAUUCUCGGUCGUCGGAUAGAGGUUCUACAGAGCAUAAUCAAAAACCUGCUCCCUCGAAUCUCCUCAGCAAGCUUUCCAGGUUAUCGGGCGGCACACCAAAGCAAGAACAAGCAAAUUCGGCACGAAGGUCUCACCACUCACUGGCUCGGCCAGAAUCUGUGCCCUCGAGUUCCAAAAUCAUUGCACCUAGGGUCAUCGUGCCGAACAGAGAUGACCGACUGGCCAUCGUCGAGCAGCUCAAUGUCGGUCCCAUGGAUCACAAGCCGCCACUUGAUGACGCCUAUUUUCAGCGACUCGAGCCAAAUUCUGGCAUCCGACUUUCGUCUCGUUCAUUGUCACACGAUGAUCUACAGGACUAUCUCCGAGGUCGAUAUUACCUCUCGCCGUCUACACUUUACUCCUGUAUACGACUAUCACCCAACCAGUCAGCCUACGAGGUACCUGUCGAAGGUGACUGGAUAACAAUCGCCGUUGUUGCAGAGCGAGGCCCAGUAAGGACUACGCGCGCUCCAGUAGACAUUGCCCCUGGCGAUGAUGGACGUGCAACCGAUGAUGAAGGAGGCUCUAGUAACAUCAGCGACCGUAAAGUUGGCAACGAUUCUCGUACCCAGGGCCCGCAGAAAGAGAAGCCUUCAAAAACUCACGGCAAAAAAUUUGUCAACAUGAAAUUAAUCGACUUUGGGGCGCGUUCACGAUCGUCGUCAUCGAGCGCAGCGUCCAUCCGAGGAGACGCAUUUCUGACUCUCUUGCUAUUCGAAGCUGAUAACUUUGAUCGUGUCACGAGCGACGAUGGUAAAGUCAAGAAGCUUUACAAGGGUGGUAGUAAAGGCGCAUUCGAAGCAAUGUCAAAGCUUAAAGAAGGGGACGUCAUCGCUCUUCUCAAUCCCAAGGUCCUCAAGCCCUUCCAGCGGAACAACAAAAAUGAAAAACCUCAUCCAACCGACAAUAUACUCGCCGUCACACCCGAGUCUGCUGAAUCCAUUGCUGUCAUCGGACGCGCACAAGACUUGGGUAUGUGCAAGGUGCUCAAACGCGACGGAAAAGCAUGCGGAAGCUGGACGGACAAGCGUGUGAGCGACGUAUGCGACUGGCACUUGACGAACGCUGUGCAACGACAAAGAGCCGGGCGAGCUGAGUUUUCUGCAGGGACCUCUGGGAUGACAACUUCGACAUCAAAGAAGCGCAAAGCGGAUUAUGAUCCACAACGCCAGUGGGGAAUGAAGCCUUCUGAAGCGUCCGGCUCGCGUACAGACAACACCACGUAUGUUGUCUCGGGGCACGUCGUGGGCGGGUCGAAUCGAGAUGUCUCGUCGAUGUUUGUCGCCGAGAACAUGGGGCGCGAAGGCCAGGCGCGCGCGAAGCGAAAGCUGAUGCAGGAUGCCGAUCGCGAGCUGAAGGGUUUACUCGAGAGGGAUAAGGAAGGCAUGCGUGCUGUUGCCAAGGCCAGGGAGAUAGGCACGAUGAGGGCGAAGCGAACCUCCGAUAGUGCCAAGGAUAAGAAGUCCUCGCAGUGGAAGCAAGGGGCAAGAGAUUCAGAUUGUAUUUCAGAAUCUGAUCAUGCGGAGACAUCGAACGCACCCCAGACGAAGCUGGCGUAUUCUGCAGAUAUCAUCAAAAACCUUGGAUUUGAUCCUGCGGCGAAAACAGGGCAGAAGCGGGCGGUGCAAUCUUCGGUUCAAGAUAAAAUUGCAGCUCUCGCAGCUGUCCGUGAGUCUCGGAAGGAAAUUCAUCUUGGUCCGCGACCAGGCCCCAGAAUUCGUUCUGGGGUGACCAUUCCUGCCUUCAUGCUGGAAAAUGAAUUGGGCAAUGAUGAUUGUGGCGAGGAAGGAGAUGACAAUGUCAGUACUGGAGAUGGACAUGAAUCUGAUGAAUUGAUAGAUCUCGAUGAUUGAUUGGAGGUCACGACGAACAGAUAGCACUCGGAAACUUCAAUGCAGUUUGAUGUGGUGCCAAGGGAGCGCGUUGUGCAAGAAGAUUAAUUCCGCUGCCUUGUACCAUAUGCACUUUCAACUUAUAUCCGCUGCACAUCAUCAUCCGAUGCAACGACUAAAUCUCUUCCCUCGCGAGCAGCCAACUGUCAAUGUAGACAUAUCUAUUGCAUUUUUUUCCAAGGGCAAUGCGUCUUUCCUGUAUAUUACGAUGUAAAGCAAUGUAAUCAGGUCAGGCCCGGAGGUAUAUAUUACUUUACAUCACUUUAUAUUGCUUUAUAUUGUUUUAUAACGUCAUGUCCAGGAAAGAGCAUUUCGGCUGGGAAUAUCUGAGUCUCAC